GCCGGAGAAGGAAGCGCUGAGUGUUCUCCCCGGGGGUGCUGGCGAGGAGCUUCUUCACACAAAGGACGGGAGAAUAAAGGAGGCGGCAGGAUGCUGCUCUAGUUACCCCCGGCUUCCUUGUCUUCCCUCAUUCAGCGGGACACACCGACACUAACCAUCCGCCGGGCAGGGAGUGCGAGCGGGCGAGAAUUGAGUUUCCAAGGAACAAGGUGGCGGCUGGGAGAGCCAUGUUUCCACAAAGCAGGCACCCGACGCCGCAUCAGUCUGCAGGCCAGCCAUUUAAAUUCACUAUCCCUGAGUCCUUGGACCGAAUCAAAGAAGAAUUCCAGUUUCUUCAAGCUCAGUAUCACAGCCUUAAAUUGGAAUGUGAAAAAUUGGCAGGCGAAAAGACAGAAAUGCAGAGGCAUUAUGUCAUGUAUUAUGAGAUGUCAUAUGGACUUAACAUUGAAAUGCACAAGCAGACAGAAAUUGCCAAACGAUUAAACACCAUUUGUGCACAAGUCAUCCCAUUUCUAUCUCAGGAACACCAGCAACAGGUGGCUCAAGCAGUAGAGCGUGCCAAACAAGUGACAAUGGCAGAGCUAAAUGCCAUCAUCGGGGUACGUGGCCUUCCAGGUCUACCUCCUACACAGCAGUUACAGGCCCAGCAUCUAUCCCACAGUCAUGGACCACCAGUGCCUCUGACACCACAUCCAUCAGGUCUUCAGCCCCCAGGAAUUCCACCUCUGGGAAGUAGUGCCGGCCUUCUUGCCCUCUCUAGUGCUCUCGGUGGCCAGUCUCACCUAGCCAUGAAAGAUGACAAGAAGCACCAUGAUUCAGACCACCAUAGAGGUGAGAGGCAGGGCAAGCCCUAUUAGCAUGUGUAUUUUUUUUUUUUUUAGUUUGGACAUUUUUUCCUUAAUUCUUAUCCUCUAUAAAGCAGUACACAUGGCUAAUCACCUAUUGCUUAAAAGAAUGUAAAACGUUUAGGCACUCACAGGUAUUCAAUUUGUUUGUAGGCGAAUUAAGCCACAUACUAUAACCUGUAAGUGUUCAACUUUAAGCUCAGUGUUUAUGAAAAGUUUUGUGUUGCUUAUCACAUGCAGCUUGAUUGUGCAAAGGCAACUGAAUUAGAAAAUCAUAUAUGAGGAUGUGUGGUAAUGUUUCAGGGAUAAUAAGGAUUUUUCUCUUCUGGCAUAUUGAGUUUAGUAUCUAAAAUGCUGCUUUGUGAAUCUGCACUGCCACACAUUCUCAGAUGUUUUGCUUUAUCAACACCAAUGUCAGAAUAAUUCAAUGUUUUGUGCACUUUUGCUUGAUUUUAUGUUGGUGUCAUACCAUAGCCGCCCAGCAACUCCCAUUCUAUUGUGAUGAAAGUUCUAGAACAAAUAGAAGGCCAGUGUAGCCAGUUCAUCUCUGGACAAUAUUCUGAAGAAGAGAAUAUGACGUUACAGAUUUAAUAACCUAGCUGUAGUGGCAGUGCAUUGCACGUUUUACUCUUUAGAAUGUCAACAGAAGCCAUUUUCUUUUGCACUUAUCAGUCCCUGCAUGAUGGGGCGCAGCCUUUACAUCCAGCAGAGAGAUUUGCAAAUUAAAUUUGCUUUUCUGCCUUGUUGGAUGGAUAAGUAAAUUAUUUGUAGAACUGGCAUUUUCUAUCAAGAUAUGCCCAAGUGAUUUAUACCUUAUGCAAUUAGAAACGGACUCACUUGCACUUUUAUUUGUUCUGUUUUACAAAACAGGGUUUGUUGCCUAUUGUAAAUGAUUUUAUACCUUUGUGUAACUUGACAAAUAUUGCUGUAUGAGGAAUGUGAAUGACUCAAAAAUAAAAUCCAUUUUAAAACAU